CUCCGUACAUACGAUCGGUUAAAGAUCAAAUUGUGAGGGUGGACCCCAUGGACAGGUGCGACUAACACACAAUGGGGAUAACGGUAGAGUUCUAUGACGAUGGGUGUGCUUUACUUACGAUGAGAAAUGGGCAGAACCGCUUGAACUUAACGACAUUGAAGCAAUUUAACGACGCUCUGGAUGAAGUAGAGAGAAAUGAGGACACCCGCAUUCUGGUAACAACAGGUGAAGGCAGGUUCUAUAGCAAUGGGAUAGACCUAGAAUGGAUGAUGUCAGAGAAUAAUGACGUCAAGAAGAAGUUUUUCCUCACCCUGUAUGACACUCUGUGGAGAGUCAUGCACUUCCCCAUGCCAACAGUCGCAGCCAUUAAUGGACAUUCCUUUGCUGGCGGAGCGUUCCUUGCUCUUUGUCACGACUACAGGGUGAUGCGGUCAGACCGCGGAUGGAUAACUUGGAAUGAAGUUUUACUAGGCUCUAGAUUUCCAGCUCCUCUGCACGAUUUUCUGCAUUUGAAGCUGUCUCCCGAAGUUUUAAGAGAAUCCGUCAUUUUUUCUAAAAGAAUAACAGGACACGAAGCGGUUAAUUUAAAAAUAGUUGACGGAGUCGCCUCGGAAAGCAGCUUAAUUUCCGAAAGUAAAAAGUUAGGAUUUCAAGCGCUUGGGAAAAAUGUUAUCAAUAGAGCAGAUUUGCAUAUCAUGAAGAAAGAUUUAAUGCCACGUAUUCCACGCAAGUCCUUACUCUAGUGCUCAUUGUGUAAAGUUCGGUCAUUUAAAAGAGAGAGAGAGUUAUCCUCUUUACAUAAUUGUUUUUAACAUUUGUAUCGUACAGAGAUGGGGAUAAUCAGAUUAUCUGUGAAAUUAUUAAGAAUGAAAAAAUGCAAAUUUUUCAUGUUUCUGUUAAUUUUUUGUUUUGUAAUCAGCGUUAUAUCAUAGAUAUGUAAUUGUGAUUUAAAUUGAUGUGUUCCUAAACUGUUUGUGCAUUGUUGAUUUAUUUGUUGUCGAUUCUGUUGUAAAUUAAGUU